AUGCUUUUGUGGUUGAAAUGUUUCUGUACACUUAUUAUCCUAAUCAUCGCGAAAAAUUCGAGUUCGGAAAUUCUGCCCUGCAAAUACGAUGAAACAAUUAAUAUUUCACAUUUUAAACGGUUCAAUGAUGUCUAUAUCUAUGAAAACUUUGAAAUUCCUGCUAACCUGACCGGCGAAUUCGACUAUAUGGAGCUAAUGGGUGGUGCCAAAGUUCCGGUUAAAAUCCAUUUAAGAGCCUGUAUCUGCAAAGUUAGGCCCUGCAUUCGAGUCUGCUGCGCCCGCAAAAAUAUUUUAAACAAUGGACAGUGUAAUGAUGGCGUACAGAAGGAAAUUAAAUUAACAAUGUUGGACCUUACAAAAAAGGAUAUAUUGCUGAAGCCAUUAGCAGAGCGGAAUAUAACACCGCAUCAUAAUUCCACAGAAUUGAUGGUUUUAAGGGAACAGUUUAAGCCUUGCGACCAGGUUAUCAGCCUAAAAAGAGAUGAGUACUCGAUGCUAAAGGACGGAGCCAUGUUCCUCCACAAGUCUGCCCAAACCUUGUCGAAUGAUCAAUACUGCCUUUAUCCCGAAAUCUAUUCAGACUUUCCGGAAACCAUAUGGGUUAUUAAUCGAAAGUGCUUCAAAAACAAUUCUGCCGAGCUAACGAUGAUAUCGGUAGUAUGCUAUAUCCUUACCCUGGCUGUUUAUCUUUCUGUUAAGAAGCUUCGGAAUUUACUUGGAAAAUGUCUUAUCUGCACUAUCUUCUGCUUGUUCAUCGAAAAUUUUAUUUGGACAUUGGAUCAUUUUAGAUUAGUUUUUGACAUAUGCGCGGCAACAGGAUACAUUCAAUACUACUUUACGAUAUCAUCGUAUCUAUGGCUUUCUGUGGUCAGUUUCCAAUUGUGGGAAGUUUUGACUUCCCUGAAACGUGAAGAGCCACAGUAUCGAUUCCUGAUUUAUAACACCGUUGUUUGGUGUACGGCUGCUAUUCCCACAGGAGUGAUUGUUUCAAUGAACCAAAUAAGGGAAAAUAAUCCAGAGAAAUCACGAAGCUUGCCCCAUGACGGUUAUACAGGGUGCUCGGAUACAGACAUGAGCAACUGUUACACCCCGUUAAUAAUCACAGACAUCUUUAAUGCGACAAUGUUCGUCCUAACAUCCAUUCACAUUUGGAAAGUAAAGAGGGAAGUCAAAAGGUUCGCCCAACAGGACAUAAGAUCUUCGACCUGUUUUGAAUUCGAUUUUCAGACUUACAUUCAGUUCCUGCGACUAUUUAUGAUCAUGGGCGCGAAUUGGAUAAUUUACCAACUUACGGAAAUAGUGGAUUUCAUGAAAAGCAGUAUAAUUAAAAGUUUAACUGUCUACAUACAAGACUCCUUUGGAAUAAUCCUAUUUGUUUUGCUUAUUCUGAAAAGCAGCACACUUAAGGUUAUAAUGGAAAGGUAA